AUAUUCGGUCCGCGUAGCAAGUCAUCUCGUGUGGGUGCCCGAGUUAACCUAACGUUAACCUAACCUAACCUAACCUCUCCGCGCUGUGACACGUUCCCAGUCUCCAUCUCGCCCGCGCUCCCUCCCUCCUCCUCGUCCUUACUCGCGGCGAGGACACACGGGGAAGACGCGAGAGGCGUCGCACCGCCCCGAGGUCGAGGAGAUCCGCGCGGUCAGGUACGGCGGUCCUCGCGGCCGCGCCAAUCCACGACGGCCCGUUGCAGCGUGUGGGAUCGUCGCCGCGAGAAGGCGGUUGUUUGUUGUCCCGCGCGAGUAACAUGCGCCGUCCGCGGGCCUGAUAUCGUCGCGCACGCGAGUCCGCGCGAGGGAACGACAGGCGCAGAUAAAUAUGGCGAGCAGAUCGAGAAAGCGUGGGCUAGAUGAGAGUGAUUUGUCAGCGAAACGGCUCAAGAGCUGCGGCAUCAUGUACUGUUGGGGCACUACCAUCCAUGGCGAGCUGGGCCUGGGCGGUAUCGAGGAUGAAAACAUUUUCAUGCCGCGGGAGGUGGAUUUUGCGGAGGCAAAGGACAUUGUGCAGAUUGCCUGUGGAGAAAAUUAUACCGUAGCCGUUACGAAAGAUGGCAAGGUGUAUUCCUGCGGUAACAACGACUACGGGCAGCUCGGCCACGAGAAGGCGAGGAAAAGGUUGCAACUGAUACCCGGCUUGGAUGCAUUUGUAUUUAGAAAAAUAACAUGCGGUAACUGCCAUACUCUUGCUGUAAACGAGUGGGGACAACUUUUCAGUUGGGGUUGUAAUUUGAAUGGUCAGCUAGGGUUAAAUAGCGUCGAUUGUACGGAGCGUGUUCCACGUAUGGUAAAAGUAUUGGGUACAAAUGUAAUAGUGCAGAUUGCGUGCGGCGUCGAGCAUUCGAUCGCUCUGACCAACGACGGGGAACUGUACGCGUGGGGUAGCAACAGAGAGGGACAACUAGGUUUGGGCUCUCACACGACCACCGAAAUAAAACCGAAGAGGAUCCCCACAUUGGCCGCUGUACCAAUUGCGUUUGUCGCAUGCGGCGGUUAUCACACUGUAGUUAUCACAAAAUCAGGAGCAGUGUUCUCGUGGGGGAGAAACACAUUCGGACAACUAGGAAUAAAUGAUACGCAGCAGCGUAGUUUACCGUGUCAAUUACGCACUCUGAGAAACUCUAGAGUAUGCUACGCGACUUGUGGCGAGGAAUUCUCAGUGUUUCUGACAACGGACGGUGGAGUGUUUACAUGCGGUGCCGGAAUGUACGGUCAAUUAGGUCAUGGGAAUAACACGAAUGAAAUUUUACCGAGGCAAGUUAUGGAACUAAUGGGUAGUACGGUAACCCAAGUGUCUUGCGGCAAAAGACAUACGCUGGCUUUAGUGCCGUCUCGAGGAAGAGUUUACGCGUGGGGCUUGGGUGGUGCUGGGCAAUUGGGUAAUCGUGGUUCGCAGAGUGCUACUACACCGCAAGUUGUUUUAGGACCGUGGUCCUCGCCGAGUGGAUCGUCGAUGACGCUCGACCUGCACUACAGCCCUGAGAUUGAUUGUGUUGUUAGGCACAUCUUUAGCGGGGGCGAUCACUGUUUUGCCACCAUCAGUCCAAAAAAAGACAAUAUAGAACCAGAUGACUGUAGAAUAUUAGGGCCGACUUCCCAAAUUCUUACAGUGGCGGAGGAAAAGUUAGUUGACUGUCAGAGGAUCGCGCCAGGUUCACCAAUUAAUCACGAAUUGAUGACGUAUCUAGAAACUGUGUUCAAAAGUCAAGCAUGUAUAAAUUCGUCCUUUUUGCUUCAUAACAACGCGCAUUACGGAUGUUCGAGCAAACAUCACGGGGUCGAUAUUGACUACGCUAUCAGAUUAUUUGGAAUUAUCUCGGAACUAGACAAUACUACGAUUCAAGAACUGAUUUUCAUGUGUAUAACGGACAGUCUGAUACCGUCUUUCGUCGACUCUCCUCCCGACGUUGAAUCUUUAAGGGUGUACUUAACGUUACCGCUGUACCAUCGCUUUGCAAAUCUGUCCAACUACAGCCUCCUGCAGACACCAUUUUGCAAGGCAGUCCUGAGACUAAAGGCCGAGGCUUACAAAGUCGUGAGCAUGUGGUGGUCCUCAGCCCCGCCGUACUACUUCGAGAGACUCGUGAGAAUAUACAAGUCUGUGGUGCUGCACUUUGUGAAACAGUCAACGGCGAACAAAAACAUUACGUGGUCCGAAAGCCUACAAUGUGCUCUAGAAUUGUUAGGAUUAUUGUAUAAAUUAAAUGUCACAGCUGGUAUACGAGUACCGUAUGACACCUUCCACUUGCCAGAAUUAUCGGAAUAUAUAGACAUUAGCCGUGACUACCUCAAAUGGAUGACAGAAGAAGAUCGGACUUAUUACCGUAAAAUAUAUUUCUGCAGUUAUCCUUUUCUAUUUGAUGCCGAGGCAAAAACUACGUUGCUUGAAACCGAUCAAGCUGUGCAGAUGCAAACCGCAAUAAACGAAGUGGCGUCGCGGGCCGUAAGAGAUGUACUGCGCGGUUCAACUUUCCUAAACAUCGAGCAGUACAGUCAAUUUGUAAUAUUAUAUGUGUCACGGAACAGCAUAGUCAAGGACACCUUAUUUCAGUUAAACAAGUACGAUUCUGUCGAUCUGAAGAGACCACUUAGAGUUAAAUUCCGCGAUGAGGAGGCUGAAGACGUGGGUGGCGUGAGAAAAGAGUUCUUCAUGCUUCUCUUCGCGGAGAUUCUUGAUUUUAAAUAUGGCAUGUUCAAAGAAUACGAGGAGACAAGGACGAUCUGGUUCAACUCGGACUCGUUGGAGGAAGUAGAUAUGUAUUACCUAAUCGGCAUUCUCUGUGGUCUGGCCAUUUACAAUUUCGUAAUUAUCAACUUACCAUUUCCGCUGGUCUUGUACAAGAAACUUUUGGGAGAAUCAGUCGGGCUAAGUGACAUCAAGGAUUUGUCACCGACAAUAGCUAGGUACUCUACUCAUUUCAGAAUCUACAAUGUUGUUAAUCAUAUAUUAAAUGAAAUAGUAACAAGUGAUACACAUUACAGAAGUUUAGAAGAUGUUCUCGAAUACAACGAAUCAAACCUCGAUGAAAUAUUUUGCUUGAACUUCAUGAUAACUAGAGAAGUGUUUGACGAGAGGAAAAACUUCGAAUUGAUACCAGGCGGUGAGAACGUUCCUGUAACAUUGAAAAAUAAACAACAGUACGUGGACCUUUAUGUUGACUAUAUAUUGAAUAAAUCAGUGGAAACGCAGUUCCGGGCGUUUGCCAAAGGUUUUCACAAUGUCUGCGGCGGAAGGGUGUUAGAGUUGUUCCAUAGUCACGAACUUAUGUUGCUCUUGAUCGGCAAUGAGAAUUACGACUGGGAAGAAUUGGAAAAGAAUACCACUUACAAGGACAACUAUUCCAAAACCCAUCCCACUAUCGUGCUCUUCUGGCAGGUCUUUCACGAACUGCCAUUGGAGGAGAAGAAGAAAUUUCUCCUUUUCUUAACGGGCAGCGACAGAAUCCCUCUACAAGGCAUGAAAGCUAUAAAAAUGAUUAUACAACCGAUGGCUGACGAACGUUUCCUACCGGCUGCGCACACGUGUUUCAACCUGCUCGAUCUACCGCGCUAUCGAACUCGCGAAAAAUUGAAGUACAAGUUGCUGCAAGCUAUCCAACAUAAUCAAGGAUUCUCCCUCGUAUGAGACCAUGACGCGUCUUUCUCACGAUUCUCAAUGUACAAUAGCUUCAUUUGCAUACAAAUCUAUUGUCAAUCUAAGGAAAACUCCGAGUAUUCGCGAAAAAAUAGCAAGUUCCUUACAAGCUACAUUAACAUUAACACAAUUUGUUCGCGCAUGAAUUUCUCGUUUUGACUUUUCUAGUCUAAAAUCAUUAAAAGAAAAAUGAUUAUAUUGCCAUAUUGUUACCUAAUACAAACUUAUAUGCCUACACAAUAAUUGAUUAUUAAAAUGUAUAAAUGAACGGUAAUUUGAACAAAAACACAAAUUGAAUAGUCUCCUAUUGUGAUAAUAACUCUUCGAUGAGCUGUGAAACGAGUUACAAAAAAUGAACCGACACUUUUGACUCUUUGAAAAUAAAAAUCCCGUAAUAAUUAAUUAAAUCGAUUGCAACAUCGAUUUUGUAAACGGAACUCGUUGAAUGUGUAUGCGAUGCAAACGUUACAUAGAACAAUCAAUAGAUUUAUGUGUAGAAACCUCUCGAGACUACAAAGAAAUUCCAACAUUUCAUAGUUUAAUUGUAAGGAGAAAAAUGCGUGGUGUUAAUUUAUAAAUGUGCUUGAGUCAAGAGAAGACGAUACUCAAAGGACGUUAUCUAGUUUAGUAAGAACCUUUUUCACGCGACAAAACAGAUUCCAUAACUUUUUAAGAGACGUAUUCAAUAUUUUUCGCAAACGUGUUGUUAAUUUGAGAGUAUAUUUUCGAGCUUGCCGUAUACACCUGAAGAUUUAAGAUACAUAAAAAUGAACAUAUAUAUAUAUAUAUGUAUGUAUAUAUCAAGUUAGCAUAGCAACAUUUCACAUGACACUUGCGGUAUUACAGAGGAGUGCAUUUUAUAAUAAUAAUCAAACAUUUUAGGUUUUAUUGCGACGCACUUUUUUAAUGGGAGUGAUUUAAACGACUCGAAUUACACUUUCGAGCCGCAUUUUUUGCAAAACUUGAUACGAAAAAUAUUUUAUAAAUUGUUAAGUAGAUACGUGUCUUGUAUUAUUUGGAAAGCAAAACGAAAAUAAAAAUCGUUAUCUAC